AUGUCCGACGACGCCGAGCGACGCGCCGACGAGAUCAGCGCCCUCAUCGUCAUCUACGACGACGCAUGCGAGGUCGUGAGCGACUCCAGGGCGCGCGUGACGCUUAAAGAUGACGUCGACGACUCCAAAUGUGUCGUCGAGCUGAGACUCGGCGAAAACUACCCUUCGAGCGCUGCGCUUGAGGUAUGCUCGACGUCCACGGAGACGCUGACGCGUGAGGAUGAGGCAAAGCUCUUGUCACGCGCGCGCGCGUGCGCAGAGGCGUGCGCGGGGGCGGAAUCGGCGUACGAUGUGCUCACGGAGACGGAGAGCGUUUUUCGGGAGGUGAGCGCCAACGCGCGGCGAGAAGCGCGGCGAGAAGCGGUGAAAGCAGCGAGGGCAAAGGAGGCAGUGGAAGAGGAAUAUCACGCGGUGGUGAAGAUAGAUCACAUGAACGAUUCGGUGGGGUACCUGAAGCUGUUGCGAAAGUUUUGCGAGUCGAGCGGUGUGGGCGCAAGAGUUUUGCACGCCGAGCCACCCGAGGGCGCGGGGAAGCGCGUCGAGGGCGUCUUCGUCGCCCUCAGCGGAUCAAACGAUGGAAUCAAGACGUUUAUAUCUCGACUUCGCACCGAAUUUGUCGACGUCGACGCCAAGGGCGUGAAAUGUCGGGAGCGAAAAGCGACGACGCUUUGCCAUCGGGCGAACAGUACGGUGAAAGUUGGCGAGCGCGCCGUAGAAUCCUUCUCGGGAUUCGAAACGCUCGAGCCGUACGCCACGGAGAAUGAUCUCGAGCAGAAACUCGCGCUCUUGAAUCUAUUACACGUCGGUGACGGCUCCAGCCGAUUCGUCUCUACGUCGUAG